AUGAUUUUUAAAAUUGGGGCCAAAAUUUUGGCUUACCAUGGUCCAUUAAUUUAUGAAGGAAGGGUAUUAAAAGUUCAUGAAAAGGGGAAGAAUUUUGUUGAAAGUGGUGAAGGUCAUGAACCAAUUGACGAAAGUUUACCUAAAAAUUUAGUUGAUAUGGAUUGUUGUUUUUUACAUUAUAAAGGUUGGAAACUGAAAUGGGAUGAAUGGGUUACUCUGGAUAGAAUGAUGGAAUAUAAUAAUGAAAAUUGGGAAUUAUCAAAGACUUUACGAGCUAGUUAUAAUCAAAAGAUGAGAAAUAAGGUUCCUACUGAAAAACCUAAGCCUGUUAAUCCUCCAACAACUAAUAAUGAUCCUAAAGUUGACAAUGGUUAUAAUUCAGUAAUCAAGGGUAUAAAAAGAAAAUUAGGUGAUGAUAAACCUAAGAAGGGAAAGGAUAUAGUCAUACCGAUAAGUAAUGAAUUAAAAUCGCUAUUGGUUGAUGAUUGGGAGUUUAUCACUAAAGAUCAUAAGGUGUUGUCAUUACCGGUGAAAAAGCCAAUAAAAUCAAUUUUCGAAGAUUAUUUGGAAUUUGAAAAAUGUCAAAAGGCUGAUAUGGUACCUAUCAAAGAAUUCAUUCAUGGGUUAAAGGUUUAUUUUGAUCAAACUUUGAAACUUUUCCUUCUUUAUAAAUACGAGAGAUUACAAUAUAGCUAUCUUUUAAAAGAGAAUAACAACGUUUUAGAAAGUUGUGAAGUUUAUGGGAUUGAACAUUUAUUGAGGUUAAUAAUAACUUUACCAGGUUUAAUAUCAAACACGUCAAUGGAUUUGAUAAGUAUAAAUGUCUUAAUUGAACACUGUGAUAAUUUUUUGAAAUUUUUAUCCAUAAGUUUCACUGAUUAUUUGAAUGAUUACGAAAACACUCUGCCAGCUUACGAUAAUUUAGCUAGAUCAUGA